GGGAGGGACAUCACUUUUUGCAGGCGGCCACCACCACAACUCAUUCCACCGGUCCGCUCUCGGGAACUCGCUCAAAAUGUCUCUUUCGAUACCCAGUGCCCCCAACUCGGGGCUUUUCAAGCAGGGUUACCAGAACUACGAUGCUGAAGAUGGCGCCGUCAUCCGCAACAUUGAAGCCUGCCGGACGAUUACCCAGACGGUCCAGACGUCGCUGGGCCCCUAUGGCCGCAACAAGAUCGUGAUCAACCACCUGCAAAAGAUGAUCCUUACUUCUGAUGCUGCCACGAUAUUACGGGAGCUGGAGGUCGUUCACCCCGCCGCGAAGCUGCUGGUUAUGGCUUCCCAGCAGCAGGAGGCCGAGAUGGGCGAUGCGACGAACCUGGUCAUAGUGCUGGCGGGCGAGCUUCUGAAGAAGGCCGAGGAGCUGCUGCGCAUGGGCCUCAAGACGAGCGACAUCGUCCAGGGCUACGAGAAGGCACAGAACGAGACGCUGAAGGUGCUGGAGGAGCUCACGGUGGACAAGGUCGAGGACAUGAGGUCGCAAGCCGAGCUCAGCAAGGCCAUCCGCACGGUCAUUGCCGCGAAGCAAUCGGGCACUGAGGACAUCCUCGCCGACAUGGUUGCGGAGGCCGUCCUCGCCGUGCUCCCCAAGAACCCCGUCAACUUCAACGUCGACAACAUCCGCGUGGUCAAGAUCAUGGGUGGUAGUCUGGAGCAGAGCAGGGUGGUCAAGGGUAUGGUGUUCGGCCGUGAGCCUAGCGGUAGCGUCAAGAAGGCCGAGAAGGCUAAGGUGGGUGUCUACUCGUGCCCCAUCGACAUCAGCCAGACGGAGACCAAGGGCACGGUCCUGCUUCACAACGCAAAGGAGAUGUUGGACUUCACCAAGGGCGAGGAGGCUCAAAUCGAGACUGCCAUCAAGGAACUGCACGACUCUGGCCUGCGCGUCAUUGUCGCUGGAGCCACCGUCGGCGAGCUCGCCAUGCACUACCUCAACCGCUACGGCAUCCUGGUCAUCAAGGUUCUGUCCAAGUUCGAGCUCCGCCGCCUGUGCCGCGUCGUUGGUGCCACUCCCCUUGCCCGCCUGGGUGCGCCCAUGCCCGAGGAGAUGGGCUCGGUCGAUGUUGUGGAGACGCUCGAGAUUGGCGGUGACCGUGUCACCGUCUUCCGCCAGGAGAACGAGCAGACGCGCACGGCGACGCUCGUCCUGCGCGGCGCCACUCAGAACCACCUGGACGACAUUGAGCGCGCCGUCGAUGACGGUGUCAACGUUGUCAAGGCCAUCACGCGCGACCCGCGCCUGCUGCCAGGUGCCGGAGCGACGGAGAUGCAGCUCAUCGAGCAGGUGACGGCGAUUGGCGAGAAGACGCCCGGCCUCUCGCAGUACGCGAUCAAGAAGUACGGCGAGGCGUUCGAGGUGAUUCCGCGCACGCUGGCCGAGUCGGCGGGCCUGGACGCGACGGAGGUGCUGUCACGGCUGUACACGGCGCACGCGGCGUCGGCCAAGGGCAAGGAGGCGGGCGAGGUGUACUGGAAGAUGGGCGUGGACAUUGAGAACGAGGACAAGACGGGCGUGCGGGACGCCGUCGACGAGGGCAUCCUCGACCUGCUCGUCAGCAAGCAGUGGGCCAUUAAGCUGGCGACGGAGGCGGCGCGCACGGUGCUCAGCGUCGACCAGAUCAUCGUGGCCAGGCAAGCCGGCGGCCCUAAGCCCCCUGGCCCCAAUCCCAACUGGGAUGAGGACUAGAUGCAUGCGCAGGCAUAGAUGGGGUAUGCAUGCAUGCUUUGAUGAUGGGAUAGGAUAGGAUAGGUACGCUAGAAUGGGCACGCACGCUUGCUUGGCGCUUGCUCGCUGGAAAACGUGUAUGUAGGUAGCCGCUGAUGUCAUGUCUAAUCCUUGGUUACUGCAGUACCUACCUAUGUACGAGUGCGUGAG